AUGCGCUUCCCCGUGUCUCAAGCUGUUUUCUUGAGCCUCUUGGCUUCUAGUCAACUUGUUCAGGGCUUUCAACCUGGUGUUGAGGCUCGUGAUCUUGAGAAAAAAUAUGUGGGCUCUCCCUCCACACUAGCCAGCAGAUGGGCCCAACUUGUGUCCUCCAUCGACGCCCGUCACCACACCGAAGCCCAGAUCGCAGCCAAGGAAGCAGCAGCCGCGAAAAAUGCGAAGAACGGAAAACGUGACCCUCACCAUACUGAAGCCCAAAUUGCGGCUAAAGAAGCUGCUGCUGCUAAAGCCUCGAAGAACGGCAAACGUGACCCUCAUCACACUGAGGCUCAGAUCGCCGCCAAAGAGGCUGCUGCCAAGGGAAAAGCCACAAACUCCACGGCCACCACCAAAACCCAUCACCAUAAGGGUGCAAAAGACAAGGACGCAGCAAAUGCGAAACGUGAGCCGCAGGAAGCUGACGAGUUUGGUCCUUGGGAUACUACCGAGGAUGAGUUCGGAUCUUGGGUAGACAAGAGAGACCCUCAUCACACCGAAGCUCAGAUUGCUGCCAAAGAGGCUGCUGCUGCUAAGAAAAAUUCAAAAACCAACAAGCGAGAGGCACAUCACACUGAAGCUCAGAUAGCAGCCAAGGAAGCAGCAGCCGCGAAAAAGGCAGCCAAUACCAAACCUAAACGUGAACCGGAACCACAAGAAGCUGACGAGUUUGGACCCUGGGACACCACCGAGGAUGAAUUUGGCUCAUGGGUUGAUAAACGGGAAGCCCAUCACACUGAAGCCCAGAUCGCCGCCAAGGAGGCAGCAGCAGCUAAGAAGAAUGCACACAACAAGCGCGAGGCGCACCAUACUGAAGCCCAGAUUGCUGCUAAAGAGGCUGCUGCGGCCAAGAAAGCAGCUAACCACAAGCGUGAAGCCUCCCCACAGGAAGCUGACGAGUUUGGACCCUGGGACACCACUGAGGAUGAAUUCGGUUCCUGGGUAGACAAGAGAGAACCCCAUCACACUGAAGCUCAAAUCGCAGCCAAAAAGGCCGCAGCGGCUAAGAAAGCAGGCAAACCUAAGCGUGAAGCUUCACCUCAGGAGGCGGAUGAAUUUGGUCCUUGGGAUACUACUGAGGACGAGUUUGGUUCUUGGGUGGAUAAGCGAGAGGCUCACCAUACCGAAGCUCAGAUUGCUGCAAAGAAGGCUGCCGCAAAGAAGAAAGGAACUAACGCUUAA